AUGGUCUUCUUUUCUGAGGGAGUUGAUGUAACUACUCCCUUGGAAGUCUGUGAACUGAGCAUCACCAUCUUCCUGAGGGGAGAAAGCCGGGGGUUCUUAAGAUUUGGAGUCGCACUCAAGCCGGACGGUUUUGGCAAAGCCAGAGGUAUCGAUUUGGGCGUUUUGGAUGAAGUUUUCGCUUUUGACUGGUCGAUGCUGGAUAAACGUGCUUUCAAAGUCUGGAUCUCCACCUCGGAUGACUUUAGCUUGACUGUUGCAUCUGCCAACUUGAUCUUGAGAUUCUGCAGCGCUACCGUGUUUGUAGAAUUGGACUGGGAAUCAGAAACAGGCUGUUUUUUGACAGGUUUCUCCAAUUUUUCUGUCUCCAGUGCCCGAAGUAUUAAGAGAUAA